UUUUAUUUCCUCUUCUAAAGUAACUAGUACAUUAAUUUGAGCUGCUUUAUCCGAAAUUCCUUCACUGACAAAUGCUUUCAAGUGUUGGAGGAAGUGAGGUAAAGCGGUUCCGCCUGGCGGAUGGAAAUUAUAUAAGGAUCUCAGCGAGGGAGCCGGCUCCUCUUUCGCCUUCUCGGUGUCGACAUGGUGGGUACCGCGCGCGCGAGGCAGCGGGGUAUAGAGUGCGGGCGGCGAGAAAGAGCGAGACGGGAGAGCAAACCAUCGUCGUCAGGGGGACCAAGAAGAGAAGGAACAAUGGCCGUGCCAAGAAGGGCCGGGGCCAUGUCCAGCCUAUCCGCUGCACUAACUGUGCCCGCUGUGUCCCCAAAGAUAAGGCUAUUAAGAAGUUUGUCAUCCGAAACAUUGUAGAGGCAGCUGCAGUCCGAGAUAUCUCUGAAGCAAGUGUCUUUGACUCAUAUGUGCUGCCCAAGCUCUAUGUGAAGCUUCACUAUUGUGUCAGCUGUGCCAUCCACAGCAAGGUGGUGAGGAACCGCUCCCGUGAAGCCCGGAAGGACCGUACCCCUCCACCUCGGUUCAGGCCUGCUGGCGCUGCACCGAGACCACCCCCCAAGCCUAUGUAAAGAGAUGGUUUGAGUGAUGUCAGUUUUUAAUAUUGACUCAAUAAAUACCUUUACAGAUGGUA